AUGCCUGUCGUGACGUACACUCACACCGAUGAUGCUGCUCACGCUGCGUCUUCAGCCCAUCCUCAGAAAACUCGUAGUUCUGUCUACAUAACAGGAGUGGGAGGAUCAUCGUCUGGGACAACGACCGGCGAAGUACAUCUCACGCUGCAAUCGAUCCACUCAGAAGAACGCAUUGAAGUUACAGCUCACUCCCUUGAACGUCUCACCUCAACGCUACCGUCCUUCUCAGCAGAGGGCCUCAAGUGGGAUCAUAUCGAGGGUUUAGAGCUUGCUGAUCCUCAUUUCCGAGUCUCUGCACCAAUUGACCUUCUCGUCGGUGCUGAUGUUUUUGGUCAGGUCAUCAAGCCCAACGUGAUUAGAGGAGGGGUUCAGGCUCCAGUCGCUCAACUCACCAGCUUUGGCUGGAUUGUUUACGGGCCAGCGGGACCUGAUCAACCAACAUCUUGCUCUUCUCAUCACCUGAGCGUAUCGAACGACGAGCUCAACGACCUUCUCACGAAGUUUUGGGUUCAGGAGGAAGUUCCUGGGCGCACUGACGCGAAUCUCUCAACGGAAGAAUUAGAGUGUGAACGCCACUUCCGUCAGACUCACUCAAGAGAUAGCUCAGGUCGAUAUGUCGUUCGUUUGCCCUUCUCAGCUCCAGUUUCGUCAUUAGGGAAUUCCUAUCGUCCAGCGCUAGCUUGUCUUCAUCGUAUGCUCGCGAGAAUCUCAAAAGAUGAGCGCUUUCUCCAGCUUUACUCUGGCUUUCUCAAGGAGUAUGAGGAUCUCGACCAUAUGAGAUUAGUAACUCGCUCGACUCAUCGCUCUUCGUCUUCGGUUCAGGCGGAUUCCGCUUGUCGUUCUGACGAGACGACCUUAGCACAUGAAGCGCAAACUUCAGGAGAGUUGAGGGUAUCUGAAGGGCUUCAGGUAGGGCCGUCUGACGCUCAAAGGAGUUACUAUCUACCUCAUCAUGGUGUAGUCAGAGAGAGCAGUGAAACGACGAAACUGAGAGUAGUGUUCAACGGAUCAGCGAAGACCAGUUCAGGGAACUCACUCAACGACAUUCUCCACAUAGGAGCCAAGUUGCAGAGGGAUAUCUCGGACGUGCUGCUCUGGUCAAGACAGCACAAAGUCAUCUUCAUGACGGACAUCACCAAGAUGGUCAAGAAGUUUGUGAUCUCUGCGCUGCUGGAGGAAUGCCUCUGGCAAAAUGGCAUACCCAGCUCGGAUAACUUCGUCUUCUCAAGUCAGACCAGCGAUGAAUCGAAGGUUUCUAAGAGGAAUAUCCUCUCAGAAAUCGCUCAGAUCUAUGACCAACUCAGAUUUCUAUCUCCUGUCAUGAUCAGAAGGAAACUGCUCAUGCAGGAGACUUGGAUUGGAAAACUCGGUUGGGAUGAGGAAGUCCCAGAACAAGUUGCCCAGCGUUGGAAAAGUUUUCGAAAUGAUCUCACUCUGCUCUCGAAGUUAUCUGUACCAAGAUGCUUAGGCCUUCUCCAGAACUCGUCGAUUGAAAUCCAUGGAUUCUCAGAUGCUUCUGUUCUCGCAAUGUCAGCCGUAGUCUAUCUCAAAAUCGUUAAUGGAGAUGAAGAGUCUCGGAUUUCUUUGGUCUGCGCUAAAACGAAAGUAGCUCCUCUCAAACGGCUGACAAUCCCAAGGCUAGAGCUCACAGCUGCGGUUAUGCUUGCCAAACUCGUAAAGUACGUGAAAGGAGAGCUCAAUCUCUCGAACGCUCCGACGUUUUUAUGGACCGACUCCUCAGUUGCGCUUACGUGGAUCAACUCGCACCCAUCCAGAUGGAAAGAGUUCGUGAGAAAUCGUGUCCAACUCAUACAAGAGACCUCACGAGCUCAAUGGAAACUCGUUCCUGGCAAGGAAAACCCAGCUGACUGCGCAUCUCGUGGACUAACGACAGCGCAGCUCUCUGCACAUGAACUCUGGUGGCACGGACCACCGUGGCUCAUGAAAAGUUCAUCGUCGUGGCCAUCUCUAGAGCUUGCUUCAGUGACAUCAGCAGAUCUUGAAGAGAAACCUGGUGUCGUUCUGAGCAUUGCUUUGAAUUACGGCCAUCUGCCNUGGCGCGGACCACCGUGGCUCAUGAAAAGCUCAUCGUCGUGGCCAUCUCUAGAGCUUGCUUCAGUGACAUCAGCAGAUCUUGAGGAGAAACCUGGUGUCGUUCUGAACGUGAAGGUCCAGCGCAUAGAGAUUUGGGAUUUAGUUCAUCGCUAUUCUUCACUCAACAGAUUGCUUCGAAUUACGGCCAUUUGCCAACGCGUCAUUGCUCGUCUCAGAAGAAUUACUGGAUCAUCGUUAGCAACAGCUCUGAACCCUGGUGACAUCGAGCAGGCCCGACUGCUUUGGGUUAAGCUCACUCAGUCCGCGCAUUUUUCAGCUGAGCUUACGACAUUGUCCAGAGGGCAACGUCUUAGUUCGUCUCACUCGCUCACUCGAUUGACAGCGUUCCUGGACCACCGGGGAGUUCUACGCGUUGGAGGGCGCCUGAAAUUUGCUCAGCUUGACUGCGAAAAUAAGCAUCAGAUCAUCCUACCUCGGGAUUCGCAGUUCGCUCAGCACAUCAUUCGGGAUGUNCAGAAGAAUUACUGGAUCAUCGUUAGCAACAGCUCUGAACCCUGGUGA